AGCUGUGGCUGUGGAGGAGGGCCUGUUGCGCCAACAGCAGCAGCAGCGGGGGAGGAGGAGCCGGAGCCCUCAGCGGGCUGGCCCCGCUCGGGGCCGCGCCGGCGAGAGGCUGCGCGGGGAGCGGGUCCCCGGCUGUGGGCCCCGCCGUGCCGCAGGACAGUUCUUGGAAGUAGGUUCUUGAUCCUGCCAACAGAGUGAAGACCACAAACCAGGUACAGAGGGACACAAAAACCAUUAAACCUGAAAUUGGGCUGAGAGGAUUUUUCCACAAGGCUUGCAAUGAUGGUAAGGGAAGAUGUAAAUGAGAGUGAAGAUUCUGAACAAUCAGUAUGUGAGAGAAAUGGCAUGAUUCCCAUGCAUGAGCAAAGUGAGGGACCAACAGCAGGUGCCAAAGGUACUGAUGGGAAUGCACAGACAGAAGAAACUGCUCUCUUGAACCACUGCACUCAGCAACCUCCAACAGCAGGGUCUUCAAUUCCUGCAAGGACAUGGAGGCAAAUAUUUGCUUGUCCUCCUCAGGGUUUACUGGCCCAAACAGUGACAAAUGUUGCAUUUGUGGUCCUGGUUUGGGCUGUGGUUUGGUCCAUAACUGGGGCUGAGUGUCUCCCAGGUGGAAAUCUCUUUGGAAUUCUGUUUCUUUAUUUCUUUGCUGUCAUUGGAGGUAAAAUUUUUGGAUUCAUUAAAAUACGAACACUACCCCCUCUCCCUGCUCUUCUGGGGAUGCUACUUGCUGGUUUCCUAAUCAGAAAUACCCCAUUCAUCAGUGACUUUGUCCAGAUAAACCUACGCUGGUCUGCAGCACUGAGGAAUAUUGCUCUUUCCAUUAUCUUGACCCGAGCAGGACUCGGCCUGGAUCCAAAGGCUCUUAAGAAGCUCAAAGCUGUCUGUUUACGGCUUGCUUUCGGACCGUGCCUCUCAGAAACAGGCACAGCUGCUGUCCUUGCCUACUUGUUCCUGCAUUUGCCAUGGCAAUGGGGAUUUAUAUUAGGUUUUGUUCUAGGUGCAGUCUCCCCUGCUGUGGUGGUUCCCUCCAUGCUGAUUUUACAAGCUGGGGGAUAUGGGGUGGAGAAAGGUGUCCCAACUUUGCUAAUGGCAGCUGGCAGCAUCGAUGACAUUCUGGCUAUCACAGGCUUCAACACUUGCCUUGGGAUGGCUUUCUCUUCUGGUUCCACUCUCUACAAUGUGCUCCGCGGAGUGCUGGAGGUCGCUGUUGGCAUAGCAGCUGGGGGAAUUCUGGGAAUGUUUAUUCGAUAUUUCCCAAGCCAUGAUCAGGCAUCUUUGGCAUGGAAGAGAUCAUAUUUUAUACUUGGACUGUCCAUGUUCGCUGUUUUUGGCAGCAUCUACUUUGGCUUCCCUGGAUCAGGAGGGCUUUGCACAUUAGUCUUAGCUUUUAUUGCAGGUGUGGGAUGGUCUGAUGAAAAGAGGGAAAUUGAAAAAAUUGUGGCAGUUGCAUGGAAUAUCUUUCAACCUUUUCUUUUUGGUUUAAUUGGAGCAGAAGUAUCCAUUACAUCUCUUAGGCCUGAAACUGUUGGGCUCUGUGUUGCUAUAUUAGGCAUUGCCCUAGUUGUGCGAAUCAUAGCAACAUUCCUGAUGGUGUCUUUUGCUGGGUUUAAUUUCAAGGAAAAGUUAUUUGUCUCACUGGCAUGGAUUCCCAAAGCCACUGUCCAGGCUGCAAUAGGUUCUCUUGCCCUGGAUACAGCAAGACAACAUCAAGAUGAACAACUGGAAAAGUAUGGAAUGGAUGUACUGACAGUAGCUUUCUUGGCUAUCUUGAUCACUGCUCCAGUUGGAGCCCUGGUUAUCGGCUUGGCAGGACCCAGACUUCUGCAAAAGGCUCAGACAAAUAACAAGGAGGAUGAGGAAGGUGCAGAGGUUGGAGAAGAGGCAGAGGCCUGUGAACCUUCAUAAGACAGACAACUACAGUAGUCUGGUCCUUCAACUGUGACACUUCUAUUGAGUAAACACAGCAUGUCUAAUCUUGCUGGAGGAACCUAAAACUAUCAGUCACCCCUGCUGUUUUUAAAGUAGCCCUGGUGGAGUUCUAUAAAAUAUUUCUAUGUUAAGCUGGUACCUUGAGAUGAAAUAGCUGAACAUAAAGUGAAUAAGAUGACCUGGCAGUGAGUCACUGAGAAGUUAGCAGUCAAGAGUUACUUGAAAUGUGUGGGUGGUGAGGCCAGGGAGAGGGUCAGAAUUGUUGAGGCAUGGAGUGGAGUCAUGAGGUAGAAUAUAAGCAAAAAAAAUGGAGACUAAUGUGAAUAACUUCUUGAUGGUUGAAACUGGGCUGUGAGAUGACACAGUUCUACAACUCAAAGAAAGCAACUUCAAGUAAGAGAUUGCUGACACAUAGUGAACAAGUCCUGCCAACAAUUGGUUGAUGAUUGGUGAUUGGUUGGUGAUUCCCUCUCCUUCCUCAUUUGUGUUCCUAAACUUGCCUUUCCCUAUUGCUGUUCUUCCUCACAGCUGAGCCACUCCUUUGUGCCUUCAAGGACUUUCAGUUCUGGUUGUACAGCAAGUGGUACUUACAUGCUCAAAGAGACAGUUGGGGCCAUCAUAGACUGGUAAUAAAGAUGUUGGUGCCAGCAGAAAAAAGGACGGAGCCUGAAAAUGGGAUGAGGGUUGUGGGAUGGCUGUAAGGACUGGGGAAGAGUUGUAUGGGAUUGGGAUGGCUGCUUCUUCACCUGUGUACCUCAGCCUUCACACAAUAUGAUGUCAAGGCAGAGAUGCUGUCCUACAGCCAGGAGUAACCUCUGUUGAUCCAAAUCCUGCUCUUGCCUUUUAGGUUUGGUAACAGUUGACAGAUAACAGCAAAUCUCUCUGCCUCCAAGUAAGUUGUUGGUAACUCCAUUCUGAGGCACAGGGUCAGUACAGCAUCCAUCAGAAACUGGAAGUUACUUUGUUAUUUUUCGGAGGGGCUACGAGAUUGUGCCUGUAACUGAGGUGGACAACACUCUCCUGCAGAUUUCUACACUACAGUUCACUGAACUCAUUUUACAGGAUACUGUGUAGAAUACAUUUGAUGGUGUCUAGAUUUUGGCAUUAGUAAGAAUAAUUUCUAUUUUAAGUUUUAAAUUUUUAAUAUGCAAAACAAAAAAUGUACAAAAAUACUUUUAACUACUUAAAUACUCUUGAUGUUGACACUAUACUGUUAGCAGAGUCAUAUGUCAUACAGAUGAGCUGUAUAUGCAUGCAUUUGUAUAAGCCUUACUUGCUAAGCAAAAAGAAAGUUUCCUGAGAAAUACUUACAUUUCAUAGCCUGCAGUUCCAGCACAGUGAUAAAAAUACCAGGAAGUUCUUCGGUAAGUUCCCUUAGCAGUUGUCAAGUACAUUAUAUUUCUCUAGCUAUGCAGACUGCUGUUCUCUCUGCUUCCUUGGGAAUGUACUAUCUUCAGUUCAAGUUUGUCUCCUGACCUGAAAGGAAGAUGCUUUCAAAGUGCAUCUGAUGGGUUUGAAGCUGGAGCAAGGGUUAAGGGUGCUGUGCUUGGUCAUUAUUGUGACAUACCUGGCCUUCUGUGCCUGUUCUGCCUACUUCACGUGCACUCCUGGUGUCCCCCUGGCUCGGUCCUGUUCAGUAUCUUUACUGAUGAUCUGGAUAAGGGGAUUGAGUGCACCCCCAGUAAAUACAUGGACAACACCAACUUGGGUGGCAUUGUUGAUCUGCUGGAGGGCAGGAAGUCUCUGCAGGGGAUCUGGACUGGCUGGAUCAAUGGGCUGAGACCAACGGAAUGAGGUUCAACAAGGCCGAGUGCUGAGUCCUGCCCUUGGGUCACGGCAGCCCCAGGCAAUGCCACAAGCAGGGGGCAGUGGCUGGGAAGCUGUCCAAUGGAAAAGGACCUGGGGGUUCUGGUGACAGCAGCUGAACAUGAGCCAGCUACCUGUGCCCAGGUAGCCAAGAAGGCCAAGGGCAUUCUGGCCUGUAUCAGCAACGGUGUGGCCAUCGGGACCGGGGCGGUGAUUGUCCCCCUGUACUUGGCACUGUGAGGCCGCAGCUCAAGAGCUGUGUCCAGUUCUGGGUCCCUCACUGCAAGAAGGGCAUUGAGGGGCUGGAGCGUGUCCAGAGAAGGGCAACGGAGCUGGGGAGGGGACUGGAGCACAAGUCCUGUGAGGAGUGGCUGAGGGAGCUGGGGGUGUUCAGCCUGGAGAAGAGGCAGCUCAGAGGGCACCUUACUGCUUACAGCUCUCUGAGAGGAGGGUGUAGCCAGGGGGGGUUGGCCUCUUCUUAUACGCGACCAGUGACAGGAUGAGAGGACAGUCUUAAGCUUUACCAGGGGAGUUUUAAGUUUGACAUAAGGAGGAAUUUCUUCAGAGAAAGGGUUGUUAAACAGUAGAGUGGACUGCCCAGGAAGGUGGUGGCAUCGUCUUCCCUGGAAGUGUUUAAGCAAAGACUGGACAUGGCACUGAGAGCCAUGGUCUGGUUGACAUGGUGGUCGUAGGUUGGAUUCAAUGAUCUCAGAGGUCUUUUCCAACCUCAUUUGAUUCUAUGAUUUUGUGAAAUGCAUGUAGUUUUAAUAGGUUAAGUAUUUGGAAAUUGUCAUGUUGGUAAAGCUAACUGACAAAAUGAGGAAAUAUAGUGUUCAGUUCAUCAGUGACUGUCUAUAAAAAUAUAGUUCUACUUGAGUAAAACUUACAGGAGUUCACUUUUUUGUAAAGCUUUGUAAAAAGUAGAAUCCUCCCACAGGGAUCACUAUGCCAAAUUUGGAAUGUGUUCAAUAACAGAAGUGUGUGUGUGUUAUAAGGAUUACAACCCUUUAAAUUUGGACACAACCUUAAGUAUAAAAGCAAACCUCUGAUGAAGAGCUCUCGUUUGUGAUAGCCUCUAAUACUUCCUCCCCAGCAAAACAGCAUCUCAUAAAUGGGAUUUACCUGUUUCUUUAACCUCAGUGUGCUCUCUGUUAUACAUUAGAUCACUUCCACAAUUCUAAGUGCCUGAAUAAGCUAUACCAACUAAAACUUGUCAUCUUUUUUAAGUGAGAUUGAAUAGAUUUUUCUUUCCCUGACAUUUUAUGUCAGUAUUUCUCAGGAGAGCCCUUUCCCCCAGCUUUUAUUAAAUCUUCAGAAAGUAUCAGGUUGGAGCUAUUCAUAGACCUGCAGAUCUAAAAUCAAAAGCUUUAAUGCUUUAUAAUGUUCCUUCUCCUUAUCUUCCAGAAAGAAAGAAAACACUUGCAUCUUUUCAUUAAAUGAUGUAUCAGGACUAAGAACUUAAGAGCCUAGGUUUUUUUAGUAAGUAUUGUGACAGUUUCAGCUGCUUUUGAAUAGCAACUAACUUUGAGAGAUUUCAGUUUUUAUCAGAGUAUGGGUGAAGCAUGACAUUAAAGACCACCUCCCUUUUAACAAAAUGCCUUGAAAAUCAUUACUGAAUAAGGCAUAAAUUCAAGCUAAUUAAAUCAUUAUGCCAUGGUAUUCUCUUAUUUGCAGGAAAUAAGAGCACAAUGUGCAGUAACUGAUAACCAAAAUCCCGUUGCCAUGCAGACAUAAUCACAGGCAUAGUGUGGGGGAACUUGGAGCGUGCUGUUUCAGAAGGUUCACAAGAACCUCUGCAGCAGAAAGGUCUGAAAGCAGAAAGUGUUCCCAGCAGCCAGCAUCCAGCAGUUACAGCAGGCAGCAUAUGGGAAAAGACAGAAAUGGUCUUAUUUGCAAGCAGGGAGUCAAACAGGCCUGGGGAUGUGAUGAUGAUGUGAUUAUAAUCACUGCUUACUCUCUCUUUUCAGCCAAACUGAGUGUUUUAUGGAAUUCAAACUCAAGUCUAAAAUUAACUGUGAAAGAAUCAUGUAAUACAGCCGCAAAAUGGAUGAUAGUUUCUGCAUCUUGCUUUUUAAAUAAAGAGUGCAAGAGAUGAAA